GCGCAUGAAGCGCAUGCACAGUGGAUCAAUUGUAUAUGGUGGGGAAAUGGCCUGAUGAGACUCAAACUCAGACUGCUUUGCGAGGGAUGUAGAGUGGCUGAAAGAUUAGGAGAGAAGCUGGGAACAUGUGGUGGAACUAGACUAUGUAGACUGCAAGCACUGAAAAGCCAAUGUGGUAUAGGUAUGUAUGAGCAGUUGAUGAUGAGACAAGAAGAGGCACUGAGAAUGGAGGUACAGGCCUACUAUGCUGCUAAGAGAGGGGCCUCGCGUAAACUGGCCACUCAGACGCUAACUAACCUCAGCAGUAUGGAAAAGGGUCUGUUAUCAGAGACUAAAACUUACAUACAGCCCACCUCCAUGCAGUCUGGUGAGCAGCCUAUAAGCAGUGAGGGACAGUCUGAAGACAUGGGUCCAUGGACAGGGGCUACUGAGGAACCUUCAUCAAGAACAAGACUAGGGGGCAAUCAUCUCGGAGACGAGGGUGCUGAACUAGUGGGAGAGGCUUUGAAAAGAAACAGCUCCAAAUCAGUCAACCAAGUUUUAAUGGAGGCUACAAAGGUGACUGACAAAGGAAAGAAGAAGCUCCAGGAGAUCUGUGACUUCAUCAACUCUGGGAGAGAUACAGAGAACAAGUUAGAUCUCAACUACAAGCAUCACUCCGAAGUGGUGCAGAAGAGAAACUCCACCAACUAUCUAUACUUUCUGUAAAAGCAAUAAUUAUACAUAUUUGCCUGUGGUUUUAUGUACAAUCAUAAUUAUGUGUAUAACUAUAUACUUUCUCUUGUGAGAGACUCCAUUGUGUACAUGUAUAAUGUUGGUAGACUAGCCAUUGCAUGUGUUUUGUAGCUAUAAUUAUACAAUUCAGUUUUCAGUUCAUGAAAUGAAUUAAUGAAAAUCAAUCUAUAAAUUACGUA